GAUAAAGGCGAAUAGUAUCUUUCCUAUCAUUUAAUGGUGCUGUAACGAUUAGCAUCAUUUGGUCACCUUUGAAAUUGAGGAUUUAAAACUAAGGAAGUACACGCUCGUUCUAUCCACUAAACAUGUUUUCAUCAUCAGACGUGCUGAAUCCAUUUGCAGACCCUACUACUACAUUGAAUAAUUCAUCACAACAUUGUCAACAAAUUACUAACAGUACUAAUCAACAUAGUAAUAGUAAUGUUACUGGACUAACUUCCUCGACAUUAACUGAAAACGAUCAUGGUAAUAAGUCGAAAUUAAUUGAUGAAAAAGAUGGUAUAUUGAAUGAAGAAAUGUUCACGGCAAAUUCAAAUGUUAAGUUUGAUGUUGGUGACAAUUGUGGGUUGCCUUUCCAUUCUCGAUUUCCAAAUAUAACAAAAGGUCGAAAUGGUGAAUUCUUAUCAUAUCAAAAUAUUAAUUCAAUCAAUAGUCAUUCUACUGGAGCAAUAUCGAAAGUUGAACAUUAUGAAGAUUUCGAAACCAUCGACUGGGUCAAAGAUGUUUCACGUGAUCGAUGUCGUCAUCGAGAACUUCAUUUGAAUAGAAAAACAUGCUGUGGUUCAAUUAAAGCCUGUUGGGAUUCUGCUUCUGGAUGGUUUUGUGUAUUAUGUGUCGGUUUGUUAACAGGUUUUAUUGCUUGCAUCAUUGAUAUUGGUUGUACUUGGAUGUCUGAUUUAAAAGAAGGUGUUUGUCUAGAUGCAUUUUGGUUCAACCGUGAACAGUGUUGUUGGUCAUCAAGUCAAGCGGAUGAUGUCUGUGAUCAAUGGUAUUCAUGGUCUCGUCUUUUUAUGAACAAAGAUCCAACUGGUGAAUAUCCAGAUGCUUACUUUGUUGGCUACAUAUUCUACAUUAUUUAUGCUGUAUUAUUUGCUCUAGUUUGUGUAUUUCUUGUUCGUAUGUUCGCUCCUUACGCUUGUGGUAGCGGUAUUCCUGAAAUCAAGACUAUUCUAGGUGGAUUCAUUAUACGUGGUUACUUAGGGAAAUGGACUCUUCUGAUAAAAUCGAUUGGUAUGAUUCUUGGAGUAAGUGCUGGUUUAAAUCUUGGUAAAGAAGGACCCAUGGUUCAUAUGGCUGCCUGUGUUGGAAAUAUAUUCGCACAUUUCUUUCCCAAAUAUGGUCAAAAUGAAGCUAAAAAACGGGAGAUUCUUUCAGCUUCAGCAGCUGCUGGAGUUGCCGUUGCAUUUGGUGCGCCAAUUGGUGGUGUUCUUUUUUCACUAGAAGAAGCUAGUUAUUAUUUUCCAAUGAAAACAAUGUUCCGAUCGUUUUUCUGUGCCAUGGUAUCAGCUAAUGUUUUGCGUAUUUUAAAUCCAUAUGGUAGUGAUAAUAUGAUUAUGUUCUAUGUCGAUUAUCAAGCACAAUGGCAUGUGAUGGAAUUAAUUCCAUUCGCUUUACUCGGUUUACUUGGAGGUAUUUUUGGUACAGUAUUCAAUCGAGCGAAUUUGUAUAUCUGUCGUUUGCGUAAAACCACCUGGUUAGGUAAAUAUCCUGUUCGUGAGGUACUUAUUGUUACGCUAAUUACUGCUGUUCUUUCAUUUCCACAUACUUAUCUUCGUAUGAAUACCAGUGAAUUGAUUAAACUUUUAGUUAGUCGCUGUUCUCCAGGAUCUGAUUUCUCUCUGUGUGAUUAUCACUAUAAUACAAGCAAUCCAAUGACUAAAGUAUAUCAGAAUUAUCCUGCCGGACCAUCAUUGUCUACAGCAAUGGUAUUGUUGGCAAUCGCAUUGAUUUUAAAACUUAUUCUAACUGUUUUCACAUUUGGUAUCAAAGUACCGACUGGUUUAUUUAUCCCAUCGUUAGCAGCUGGUGCAAUAAUGGGUCGUAUGUUGGGUAUAGCUACUGAACAACUUGUUGUAGCGUAUGCAUCACAUCCAUUUAUUGUUAAAAUGUGUAAAUCAUCUCAACCGUGUAUUAAUCCGGGACUUUAUGCUAUGGUUGGAGCAGCGGCUACUCUUGGUGGUGUGACUAGAAUGACUAUAUCAUUAGUUGUAGUUAUGCUUGAGUUAACUGGCGGUUUAAAUUAUAUAAUUCCAUUAAUGAUUGCAGCUAUGGUUAGUAAAUGGACUGGUGAUCGAUUAACAAAUGGUAGUAUUUACGAAGAGCAUAUACGAUUGAAUGAUUAUCCAUAUCUUGGAUCGUAUGAUGAAUUAGAUAAUACAUUAGUAGCAGCUGAUGUAAUGCAUCCACGUAGAGAUUCUAAUUCCCCUCUAUAUGUUGUUACACAAUAUGAUAUGACAGUUGGUGAUCUAGACCAAUUGGUUAGUGGAUGUGAUGUUAAAGGAUUUCCUGUCGUUGUUUCACAAGAUUCCCCAUACCUAGUUGGAUGGGUUUCAAGAAGAGAGUUACGUUGGGCUUUGGAUCGUGAAAGAAAAUAUGAUUCAAAUAUUGUCGAUGAUUCGCCAGUUCAUUUUGCUACAUUUCAGGAAGUAUAUGCAAAUGAUAAUCAGGAAUUGACACCUGUCAACUUACAAAAUAUUGUUGAUUUGUCUCCUACAACGGUAUCGGAUCAUACACCGAUGGAAACAGUUUUGGAUUUCUUUAAAAAGUUGGGCCUCCGACAAAUCAUUGUUACACGUAAUGGAUACCCACCACUGUUCGCGAUCAUUGCGUAGGCUUCUUAUCAGCCUGCGCUUAAGCUUACUCUGCUCUUCAUCAUAUUCAGAGCCAGAUGGAAUGUGUUUCCGAGCAUCUAUCAGUGAGGUAGGUGCUGCUGAGAUCCACUGUUUCUCCGUAACCUUAUGGUUUACCUUACUAGCAGAUAUCACUAAUGUUUGCACAGGUCUUCGGAUAUCAUUGAACUCUGCCUCGUGGUGGGCAUCAAUUACAUGGCUGCUUAACUGUUUUUCUAGUUGUUCCUGAAAUAUAUUCUUAGCUUUUCUAUCAUUAAGUAGGACCCCAAGAGAUUUACUUGCAGCGUUUUUACCUACGUCCAGUAAGACGCAGACAAAUGCGCGCUCGCAAUAGAACAUUAUCUGAAUCUAAGCAUGUGCUCCGAAACGAGCGACAGUCUUCCAUCGAGCCCCUCUAUCGGUGGCUGAUAGCGAUGUGAUCUAGUUGGGUCUAACAUUGGAACGAAUUCGGAGGUCGUCAUCUCGGAAGAUGUUUUUCCUUAUGCCUAAAGAGUAGGCAGACGACAAGUGUCCCUAUCUUUCCGAGUCCUUACCGUUCCGUUUAAUUGGAUAGCGCAAAAUAGACUGUCAACUGCGAUCCAGUCUAAGAGAGCUAGUUCUACCGUCGGACUCAAUGCUAUACCUGCACCAACGAAGUCACGGAAAGCAGCAUCAAGGCUUCCAGACACACGAGGCGUGAAUCGAGAUGGUUUUUUGUUUUGAUAUGGUGAGGUCAUAUGAAUGACGCUACCUGGACUCUGUAUGCGCGUUUCGGAGACGCAGCAUACAUCGAUGGCGCGAGAUUCUAAAUUACUAGUUAAGGAAGUCUGUUGUCUUAUUUGGCACAGUGUUCAGACGUUAAAAGCUCCUACAUAUAGUUUAGAGCGUGGUUUUAAGAGACCGGGAAUAACGCUACGCGUACUCGAAUCGUUCGCAUUAGCGGCGCGAGGCGAUAAAAGAACGUGAGAAGGUUUAGUCGUGAAGAUAAGAGAGUUAUUAGGAAGUGUAUGGAGGAUUUGAUUGUGACCAACUUGGUCUCAUGCGCUGCUACGGGUAUGAGGGCUUAUGUCACUUACUGGCUGCCCUACUCCGUGGGAGGUUAUUUCUUGAGAAACAUGAAAAAGAAGGUUGGAUUAGUGUUGGUCCUAACGACUUGAAAGUGAGACUACAGAGUCCAAAGGACAAGUACUUGGGGUCGGACACCCUCGGCUUUUUUGUAGGAUGUUUUAACGUGUUAGCUCCGUUCUUCGAAAUACCUCACCACCGGAGACGGAAAUCGGUGAGGUAAGGUGAGGUGUGACAUUUUUAUGGUUGACCUUUUCUAACCCCUUCCUUCCUUGUGAGAAGGCAGCAUCGCUGCAGAUGCUGGUUGCCCGAGGGAAACACCUUACUACUGUCACACCCCUCUACAUUCAGCAGUACGACUUCACCCUCAGACCUUGAGUUGCUGCUUUCAGUCUUACCGUUCUCCAAUCGAGCUGCAUGGCAUGGUAGAACCUACAGAAACAUAUGUUCCAGCCAAUAUGCCUCGGUUGGGUCAUCACGACAGGCAUGCUUGACCAUGACGUCAAGGUAGCAGCUACGGUCCGGACUGCAGUCAUAUAAUCAGUAAUAAAUAAUAAAAAAAUGCUGAACGCCAAACUUAAUGCAAGUAGUCAGUGAGCUAGUUAACAUCCACUGACUGAGGUCAAUUAAAUUGCGUUAUGCAGAUGAAACUAAAUUCUUCCUCGAAAUAUUGUGCUGGAUAGUGUUCAUAUAGAUUAAUUAGAAGCUUCGAAUCACUUGAUUAAUACUCAGUAUCAAUCACGCAAUGCUUUUAUUCUGAAUCUUGAAGUUAAGAACGUUCAAAUAGGGAAGCGUUUGAUGCGACUGAAAACCCAUGGUAAUCUCACAAGUGCAUCCUUUUCAUACCUCGAAAAAUCAAAGGGUUUUAUCCAGCUUCAUGCGUCCUAGUUUUUAUACUCAUAGCCUUAUAUUUUUACUAUGUUUUUCUGUUUCACUCACCCUACAUUUUAUUGCUGGUAAGUUUGAGAACCUAAAUCCACAUAGUUUCAUAUUCGGAUCCACUCACCAAUCUUGACAGUCACGUCCAUCAUAUUGAAAUUGCCUUUCGUUAACCAUCACAUUAUGGUAUUACUCUAUAUUGAAAACUAUUUUCAAUUUAAUCAGUACUACUUAGAAACUAAUAGUCUGAAUGUAAUAUGUAAAUGAAGUUUUGAUUAUUGUGAAUUUCCAUACAUGCACUCUUACAUUAUCAGUGCAAAUGCAAAUAAACAAAAUGAAACAUAUUGUCAGUAAAUAAAAUUCGUUCAUUUUGAGAUUCAUAGCUCAUUCUGUGACGUUAAACAAUUUAUCCUGGUUCGGUGCCUUCGAACAUGAAAAAAAUAUAGCACUUAAGAGCAUUUGGAUUUCAUCUUUUGCAGGAGGUUAGUAUA